AUGGUGCGGGAACAGCAAGCCCCUCGCAACCCGCUCGCCCCAGCCAUGGGUAACUCGCAGCCUGCCCCAGAUCUCCAGAACAGAGAAAAGGUACCUGACAGCAAUGCACCUCCGACUACGCAGCCUUUCUAUCCAGAUCUCAAGCAUGCCCUGGCAGAACAACCUCAGUUUGGGAGGCCAUCAAUGCCUGGAGCAUCGCCACAGCCAUACGCAAGAUCUCAACCGCUCAUGCGACCGGGCGCGAGUGCCAAUACAUCAGCUCCACGCCAGGUGAGCGGGAAUCAGCAACAAGACAAAUAUUCAAACCUUUUCGUGUCGGCGAAGAGACCUGUACAAAGACCAGAGCUACACAAACCUCAUGUUGUCGCAAAUCCUCUGCAAGCGCUCAACGGACGGGCCACCGGACAGCCGCCUAGACCCAGCUCUUCUCGACCGUCUGAUGGGGACGAUGAUUUCUAUGAGAUCGCCAAACCUGCAAACUUCCCUGCCUGGAAGCCGCCCACGGUUGUCGCUCCCACCUUUUCGUCCCAACAGCCUCCAAAUCCAUACUUUCGCCCGACUGCGAUAGACUUGACUCAGGAUAGGCCCACGUUUAGACGUCCAGCGGCCCCCGCGAACAGCACUUUCUUUCGAGCCGACCAUUAUGAAAUGGCCGACCCAUCCACGUACAUGAAUUCCUCCCAGGCGAAUGAAAGCAUCAAAGCUCUACUUGAAGGUGCGUUUGAGGACGAAGAGGACAAACCAAGGACCAGGCGGAGAAAGAAGGAGCUGGACAAGAAGGUGGCCGAUCUGGCAGAUAUGGUCAAAGACAUGUCGGUCAAAAGUGCAGACAAGAGCGAACCAUCACAAGAGGAGGCGGAUGAAGGAGAGGAAGACGAUGGUGUCGUUCCGGGGUUGAAAGUAAAGCUCUUACCACAUCAAAUUGACGGUGUCGACUGGAUGGUCAGCAAAGAAACCGGCAAGAAUAGGACUUACGGCGGUAUUCUGGCGGAUGAUAUGGGCCUGGGGAAGACGAUACAGUCGAUCGCUCUCAUUCUUAGUAACCCGAAGCCCAGUGCCGAAGAAUUGGAAAAGAGCAAGCGAAAGUUGCCGGAAAGCGUCGCCAAAGGCACGCUUGUCGUUGCUCCCCUCGCGCUGAUCAGACAGUGGGAAGGAGAACUUAAGGAUCGCGUCGACGAAGACCACGCCCUCAAAAUCUGCGUGCAUCAUGGACCACAGAGAACAAAAAGCUACAAAGACUUGAAGAAGUACGAUAUUGUCAUCACGACUUACCAAACGCUGUCAUCGGAACAUGCUGGAUGCUCAGAAUCGCUCAAAGUGGGAUGCUUCGGGGUCCACUGGUAUAGGAUUAUUCUGGAUGAGGCCCAUUCCAUCAAGAACCGCAAUGCGAAAGCUUCCAAGGCGGCUUGUGCUCUCGAUGCUGCAUACCGCUGGUGUCUGACUGGAACGCCGAUGCAGAACGGUCUUGACGAGCUCCAAAGUCUCAUCCAUUUCCUCCGCAUCAAGCCUUACUGUGACCUCAAUGAGUGGCGCGAGAAUAUCACCAAACCCAUGAAUAAUGGAAAGGGCGGUCUUGCGGUUAAGAGACUGAGACUCAUCCUGAAAAGCUUCAUGAAGCGGAGAACGAAGGAUAUUCUCAAACAGGAGCACUCAAACGAAGGCGGUAAAGGAGGUUUAGCCGAAGGAGGCAAAGAUCCUGGGUUCAAGAUUGUCGGACGAACUGUUCACAAUGUUGAAGCAGACUUUUCAGACCAAGAGCGAGAGUUCUACAAACGUCUGGAGUCCAGGACAGAUCGGAGUCUUGAGAUGAUGAUGGCGGGGAACAAGAUGAGUUAUGCGUCGGCAUUGGUCCUUCUUAUGCGACUUCGACAAGCGUGCAAUCAUCCAAAGCUUACGGGAAGCGACUUGAGUACCGAGACUGAUGCAUCAAGUGGCAUGCAGACACCAAGUCGCAGAAAGGCGAGUACGGAAGACGACAUGGACAGCAUUGCGAACAUGCUCGGUGGCCUUAGUAUGGAGACCAAGAGAUGCGAUAUGUGUCAGAUCGAGUUGACAUCGAGAGAGACUGCUAAAGGCGCGAUCCGAUGUCCUGAGUGCCAAGAAGAUCUCGACAAGCAGACGGAUUAUGUGAAUGAGAUGAAGAAGACGAAGAAGGAGAAACGACAGAAGCAAGAGCAGAAGACGGUCAGAAGUCAGCGAAAACAAGCGAGGCGCGUUGUGGAGGACAGCGAUGAUGAGGACGAUGGAGACGAGAAGCACGAAGACGAAGAAGAGACCUCUUCUGUUGGCGAAGAAGAUGAGAACGACGACGAAUACUACUCAUCCGAUGACUCUAGCGAUGCAGCACCCACGGUCCUCCAGUCCACCAAAAUCCGACAGCUCCUCUCCAUUCUCCGCGAGGACUCCCACACUCACAAAUACAUCGUCUUCUCCUUCUUCACGUCCAUGCUCGAUCUGAUCGAACCAUUUCUCCGUUCAAAUCGUAUCCACUAUGUCCGAUACGACGGAAAGAUGCGUAACGACGCACGCGAGGCCUCUCUCAACGCUCUCCGCCAGGAUCCUUCUACACGUGUCCUCCUCUGUUCUCUCCGUGCGGGAAGCUUGGGAUUAAACUUGACCGCGGCGUCGAGGGUGGUGAUACUGGAGCCGUUCUGGAACCCCUUUGUGGAAGAACAGGCGAUAGAUCGUGUCCAUCGACUGAACCAGACUCAAGAUGUCAAAGUGUACAAGAUCACCAUCAAGGGGACGGUAGAGGAACGAAUCCUAGAGUUACAGGAGAAGAAGCGCGAACUAGCCAAGGCGACCAUCGAGGGCCAGGGCAAGAAGGGCGCAAUGAGACUGAACAUGCAGGAUAUGUUGAGGCUGUUUGGGCGGGAGGCGGAGUCGGAACACCCCGUGGAUGUGGAGGAAGUUGGGAUGGGAAAAGGCCGGUCGAGGGGAUUGCUAGAUGCGAGCCGAGACACGUCUUCGCUAUCCAAUUCGUCGCAGGCUGCAAGCGAAUAUGGGUCAUUGGGGGGGACGAGUGGUAGCGCAGGCGACCGACGCGACAAGACUCGUGUGAGCGAUGGCAAGAAGAAAGCGUGGAAGGAGCAUGAAGUCUAUGGCAGGAGGUGGUAG